AUGCCCAAAAAGUCCUCCCAAGGGCAACACACCCGCGACACCAAGAAGGAGAAAAAGAAGCCGGCGCAGGCCCCUCGACGACAGGCCAAACCGCAGACGGAGUCCGAGGAGACCAACCAGAUCGAUCUCUCGGCGACCAUUCCGGUGACGUUGCAGCAGUUACUGUUGAAUGUGUUCAGGUCGGCUUUGCUGAAUGACGUGUAUGGUGGGAAUGCGAAUGUAGCGAAAAAUGAGAGUAGCAGCGAUGAUGCUACUACUACUACUACUACAGAUGCUACCAGUACCCCAGUGUCUCGGCAGUUGGAUAUCAAGACGCUGAUCCAGACUAUCAAGUCGCAUCUUUACAAUCGGGACUUUGACUCCGCGUUUACCGAUGCGAAUGAGGAUCUGCUGAGGGCUUAUGCGCUGCGGUGGAGCGCGUCUCGGGCGUUGGGCUAUGCGGGGGUUUUUAGGUCCUUGUUGAAGGUUCUGAUGCAGCAGGAUGGUGGGUUGGUGUCUUCUACUGGUUCGAAUCAUGUUGUUUGUAUUGGGGGCGGUGCCGGCGCCGAGAUCGUUGCUCUGGCGGCUGCUUGGAGGGACUUGGUGGAUGAGGUUGAGAAGGGGGAGGCGCUUUCUGCUGGCGUUGCUGGCGUUUCUUUGGAUGGGGGUGAUCGUGCUGCUGCUGCUGCUGACCAGGGCUCUGUGCCGAAAUCGAUAAACCAUCCUGCUCUCUCGGUGACGGCUGUUGAUAUUGCGGACUGGUCGAGCGUUGGUGGUGAGGGUGAGAAAGAGAGCGAGGAUGCCGAUGGCUUCGCGGUUAGGUUCAGACGCUCGGAUGUGCUUUCUAUCUCGGAGGAGCAGCUUAAGGAUAUUCUCCAUCUUGGCCCUUCGGAUAAGGGCAAUACUACCGUCAUGGUGACGCUCAUGUUCACGUUGAAUGAGCUCUUCUCUACUUCUAUGGCGAAAGCAACUGCUUUCUUGCUCCGCACGACAGACCUCGUACAACCGGGGACUCUGCUUCUUGUGGUGGAUAGUCCGGGAAGCUAUUCCACGUUGAAACUCGGCAAGGGUAAAGCGCAGGACGGCGCGGAGUCUGCUACAGUACAGGAACGGAAGUAUCCUAUGAAGUUCCUCUUGGACCAUACACUUCUUUCUGUUGCGGAGGGGAAGUGGGAGCAGAUCUAUUCGCAAGAUUCGCGGUGGUGGAGGAGAGAUGUGGGUAGGCUGGGAUAUGAUGUGGGUGAAGGGGCUGGGUUGGAGGAUAUGCGGUAUCAGGUGCAUAUUUAUCGGAGGUUGGCUAAUUAG